CAGGGCGGGCCGAGGCGGCCAUGGCGGGCCCGGGCGGAGCCGUCAUUGCCGGGGGCAGAUACCUGCACACCACGGUGAAGUUUCUGAGGAAAACUGGAACUGAGCAGAGGUGGUUGGAGCGGCACUUGAAGGAUCCCUUUGUCAAGGCAUCGAAGCACCAGCGGUACCGGUGCCGAAGUGCCUUCAAGUUGCUGGAAAUUGAUGACAAGCUCUGUGUUCUUCGUCCAGGAUUUUCUGUUCUUGACUGUGGAGCAGCACCUGGUGCUUGGAGCCAGGUUGCUGUAGAGAGGGUCAAUGCCUUAGGUACUGAUGCUGCUGUCCCCACUGGCUUCGUGCUUGGCGUUGACCUGCUGCGGAUUUCUCCCCUGGAAGGAGCAGUUUUCCUGUCAGAGGCUGACAUGGCAGAGCCCAGCACGCUGAGGGCCAUCCAGAGCCUGCUUCCCCUGGGGAAGGCAGAUGUCAUCCUGAGUGACAUGGCCCCCAACGCCACGGGCAUUAAAGAGCUGGAUCAUCAGAAGCUGAUCAGGCUCUGUUUAGGCCUCCUGGAUAUAGCCCAAAGCAUUUUAAAGCCAAAAGGAACGAUGCUCUGUAAAUUCUGGGAUGGAUCCGAGGCCUGCCUGCUGCAAAAUAAGCUGAAGGAGCAGUUCCAGGAUGUGAGGACUAUAAAGCCUCAGGCCAGCAGGAAGGACUCUGCAGAAUCUUAUUACUUGGCCAGGCUGUACAGAGGGAAAUCAAAGUCAUGAGCUGCACAUUCUGUGACAUUGGUUGGAAAUCUCCGUUUAGUGGGUGUUUCAAGGAAAAGCCCACCAUUAAGACUUUGGGGAAGUUUGCUACUCUUUAAGUCCGUCAGGCUUUUCAAAUACUGUGGACAAAAUAGUUAGGAAUGGAGAGGAAUAAUCUGAAAGGCAACCUCUGGGGCUGGAGUAAUGGAAAUGAAAAUAAAAUGUUGAUUAUAU